AUUUACCAAAUACUCUCGACUACCCAGGUUGACUGUAGUUUCUGUUGGUAUUUCGUUUAGGAACGAAGAGGAUAGAGCCCGACUCCCACGUUCCUUUUUCUCCAACAGUAUCAGAAACCCUCUAAUGGCGAGAGUAAACUCAACUAAGCGUGCACUGACCCAAGUGGUCGAUUGCCUGACUGGAGGUUUAUCAGUCCCUUUACCGAACCUCCCUGAAGAGAUCAUAAUGGAAAUCUUGCUAAGACUACCCGUGAAAGCACUCCUCAGAUUCAGGUGCGUUUCAAAAUCAUGGCUUUCUUUAAUCUCCAGCCCACGAUUCAUCAAGACCCAUCUCCGGAUUUCGAGUAAGAGCAAUAUAUAUUCCCAUAACAGACUAGUUGUCGGCUCCGGUCCUCUCCCUAUGGUGUUUAAUACCUUUUCACUAUGCCCAAAUAUAGAUGCGAAUUCGUCUAUGGAUAAUUCGGUGUUUGAUUAUCCUACUAGUGAUAUGGAUGAUGAAAUCCGGAUUGUGGGCUCUUGUAACGGUUUGGUUUGUGUAGCUGUAUACCCCCAUACUGUAGUUCUCUGGAAUCCAGCUACAAGAAAAUCGAAAAAGUUACCCGUUUCUGAUAGGUAUUUAUCUGGCCUGGAAUAUGGAUUUGGGUAUGAUGCUUCUAGAGAUGACUACAAAGUUGUGGAAUCUGGUUGGGUUUUCCGUGAUGUGGAAGUGUAUGAAACUCAGGUGAAGGUGUAUAGUUGGAGAGCUGAUACAUGGAGAACUGUAGACUGGCCUAGUGGUAAAAUACUUGAUGGUCCUGGCGUGUUCGUGAACGGAGCCAUACACUGGAAAGUGUAUCAUGGUGAUAGUGCGAGCAAAUGGGCUGUAGUUGCACAGAAUGUCACGAUGGACACUUGCUCAAGUGUAGAGCUUCCUGUGUGUGGAAGCAAUGAUGGUAAUGUUAUGUUGGGAGUUUCUGGAGGAUGUCUUUGUGCGUCGUAUGACUAUUAUAGUUACAUGGAUGUUUGGGUGCUCAAAGAGUCUGGUCGGAAAGAAUCUUGGAUGAAACUAGUCUGCGUGCCGUACUUCUUCUGUAUGAGGCAUAACGAUCAUGUGAGACUGAAGUUGUUGUUUGUUUCGGAGAAUGGAGGGGUUUUACUCAGCCUUGGUUCAGAUUUGAUAAUGUAUAAACCAUCCCAGUACCAUGAGAUUCAUCGUUUAAGCAACCACGUCCAGGUUGAAGCUGCUACCUACAGUGAGAGCCUUCUUUCCCCUGAUUUUGAUCCUGAGCUAGUGUGGGAGUAGAGGAGAUGAAUGUGGAGUAUGUAGUUAUCUAUUGUUAGAAAACGAACUAUGGCUUAUCAUAUGGUGAUAUAUAGCUCUUUAGUUUAUGAAUACUCCGUGUUUUUAUGUGUUGUGAUUUAGAGUUCUGUUUUGCAUGUGUUUUUACCUCGAGGUCUGAUCCAAAAUGCCUAUUCAAUGUCCAAAGAUUGGUGAAUGAAUUUAUGCAUGAUUUAAAUUUUCUA